UUCAACGACUCUCCACUCUCUCCUAUGCUUUCACACACUCACUUCUCUCUCAAUCAAUCUCCUUCGUCUCUCUUCUCUCUCAAGAACACUAACUUCUUCUCGAAAUGUCGGUGGGAUCGCUGCUACUCUUGCUUCUCCUAAUCUUGAACUUCAACGGCGAAUUGAACGCUUUAAACGACGAAGGGUACGCUCUUUUAGCUCUCAAGCAAUCAAUCUCGAGAGAUCCAGACGGGUCUUUAACCAACUGGGACUCAGAGAAUCAAACCCCCUGUUCUUGGAACGGAGUCACGUGCGACGAUCACAGCCUCGUCGUCUCUCUCAGCAUCCCAAAGAAGAAACUUUCAGGUCACCUUCCUUCCUCUCUGGGCUCGCUCUCUAACCUCCGCCAUCUAAACCUCAGAAGCAACGAGCUUACUGGGACCUUACCUCUCGAGCUCUUCCGCGCUCAGCGCCUCCAAAGUUUGGUCCUUUACGGAAACUCCUUAUCCGGGUCGAUCCCAAAAGAGGUCGGCGACCUCAAGCUCCUCCAAAGUUUGGAUCUUUCGCGUAAUGGGCUUGAUGGGACGAUCCCGGAUUCGAUUUUGGAGUGUAAGAGGCUUAGAAGCUUGGGUUUGAGCCAGAACAACCUCACCGGUUCUGUCCCUAGUGGGUUUGGUCGUGCUUUGGGUUUGUUGCAGAAGCUUGACCUUUCUUACAACAACCUCAACGGUCUCAUUCCUGAUGAUCUUGGUAACUUGAGUAGACUGCAAGGAACUCUUGAUUUGUCUCAUAACUCGUUUAGCGGCUCGAUUCCAGCGAGCUUGGGGAGCUUGCCUGAGAAAGUUUAUGUUGAUCUAGCUCAUAACAAUUUGAGUGGACCGAUCCCGCAAACUGGAGCUCUGGUUAACAGAGGACCAACAGCUUUCUUGGGGAACCCGAGGCUGUGUGGUCCUCCUUUGAAGGAUCCUUGCUUGCCAGAAGACUCUCCAACAUCUCAUCCUUUUGUACCAGAAGGAGAGUCCAAGAAAGGAGGAAGAGGAGGAGGUUUAAGCAAAUCUGCUGUUAUUGCAAUUGUGGUGUGUGACGUCAUUGGUAUCUGCAUCGUUGGGUUUCUCUUCUCCUGCUGCUACUUAAAGCUCUGCUCGCGCCGCAACACCGUGGACGAGGAAGGCCACGUGUUGGAGAAAGAAUGUAAAGAAAAGAAAGGCUCCUCCUUUUGUUUCAGGAGAGAUGGUUCAGAGUCGCCUUCUUCUGAGAAUCUCGAGACGCAGCAUGAUCUUGUUCUGCUGGAUAAACACAUGGUGUUGGAUUUGGAUGAGCUGCUUAAGGCUUCGGCUUUCGUGCUUGGGAAAGGCGGGAACGGGAUUGUGUAUAAAGUUGUGCUGGAAGAUGGAGUUACCGUUGCUGUUAGGAGAUUGGGAGAAGGAGGAUCGCAGAGAUGUAAGGAGUUUCAGACGGAAGUGGAAGCUAUUGGGAAGCUGAGGCAUCCGAAUAUAGUUAGCCUUAAAGCUUAUUAUUGGUCUGUGGAGGAGAAGCUUCUCAUCUAUGACUACAUUCCUAACGGAAGUCUUGCCAAUGCACUCCACGGCAAUCCAAGUAUGGUGUCAUUCAAGCCUCUGGCUUGGGAUGUUCGGUUAAAGAUAAUGAGAGGAAUCGCGAGAGGGUUGUUGUAUCUUCACGAGUUUAGCCCCAAGAAGUACGUUCAUGGAUCUCUAAAACUCAGCAACAUACUGCUUGGACAAGACAUGGAGCCUCGCAUCUCGGAUUUUGGACUCAUGCACCUCUCUAGCAUCGCAGGAACAUUGGAAACAACAACAGUUGACCAUCCAUCAUCAAACAAGAGCGCCUCAUCGAUUGGUCCACUUGCAAACUUGAGCUCGUUCUACCAGGCUCCUGAAGCCAUGAAGGCAACGGUGAAGCCGUCUCAGAAAUGGGAUGUGUACUCAUUCGGAGUCAUCUUGCUGGAGAUGAUAACCGGAAGGUUACCGAUUGUUUUUGUUGGUAAAACAGAGAUGGAGAUAGUGAAGUGGAUACAGAUGUGUAUCGAUGAGAAGAAAGAGAUGUCAGACAUUUUGGAUCCAUAUUUGGUGCCUGAAGACACAGAGAUUGAAGAAGAGGUCAUAGCUGUGCUAAAGGUUGCAAUGGCUUGUGUUAGUAUUAGUCCCGAGAAACGACCAGCGAUGAAGCAUGUCGCUGAUGCUUUGAACCAGAUUUUCCUUCAGUGACUUUAGAACAAUGUUGUUGCAAAGUUAAAAAGUGUGAGUAUAUGUUCGAGGUAAAUGUCUUGUUUUGAUUGUUUUUGUUCUUCAUGUAAUGUCAAAAUCUUGUGUUAUUUCAAAAUAGAGUUUCCUUGUAACCACCUGUAUAUAUUUUGCUUAAUCAUGUUUCUUCACAUC